ACCAAGACUAGCAGAGCAACAAGAUGGCGACCUACAUAACACAUGUGAAACAUACAACGCAUUGGAAAUCUUCGUGUUGAGAGAUCUAUUCUUAGUCCAGAGAGAAAAUAGGGAUCCGAAAAUAGUGUAAUUAACCAUCAUCGCAUAAAAUGGAGGAUAUUGAUCUACAACAACGACUUUUGAGUAAACUCAAUCAAUAUGGGGACAGCUUGCUGGAUGAAGACAGGAAGACCAAAAAGAAAGCCAAAACAUCAACCAAACUGCCUGAAAAAAAUACACUCCGACCAUCAAAAGAUGGCGACCACCGACCAAUCAAUUCUCAACGUUCCUUGUCUGCAAACAAAUCACUUUCAUCAACAAAAAGCAGGAAACGUAAGAAAACUAAAACGCCAGGUGACCAAAAUGAGGAUAUGUCCAGAACUAAAGCUGCAACGGUUGCCAUGGAUUUUGAGGAGGAAUUGAGGCUUUUUAAAAAGGAGCAGUUGGAGAAGACGAGACUAGAGAAGGAAGGGGCGGAGACGGAAGGAAUGAAGGGAGGAGUAACAGCGAAGAGACCUCCCCCGGAGGUCAUUGUGUUUCAGGAUCCAAGCAGAAGGAAAAAGAAAAGGGUGCAAGAAGAGGAGCAAGCCGAGGCAGAUGAGGAUAAGUUCAACCUAAAGAAGGCUCGCUACGAGGUCAGACAGUUUGGUCUUUCAGGGUUUUCCUUCGAAGACAGAGAGAAGUGUGAGGCAGAUCGAGCCGUGACCCUUGGUGCAUGGGCUCCAAAGCGAGAGUACAUCAACUACAAGGAACUAAUCUCAAUACAGAAAGGCAAGAAGGAACAAGCGAGACAGCAGCGAGAGAUGGAUCGUAAAAUGGGUUACAGCGUGGCUAAGAAACCAACCACUGAGAAGGUCAGGGUAAAAAAUCAAGGAUUUUGGCGGGACCCUACGCAGGACAAGAAGUUCUUCAUAGACGGCCAGAUUGGGAGAUACAAACAAGGUGUUCAGGUCGUCAGUAAGAAUGAAAUAACCGCGGUCAAAUCAAGCAGGGGGAAGCGAUCAGGUCGGACAAGCAAGAUCAAAUUUUAGUUCACUUAAAGGCACUAAGCAUAAAAAUCAGUAGAAAUAACCGCAGUCAAAUCUAGCAGGGGGAAACGAUCAGGUCGGACAAGCAAGAUCAAAUUCUAAUUCACUAAGCAUAAAAUCUUACUUGCUAAAGAGCAAUGGAGAGCUGUUGAUAGUAUAAAACAUUGUGAGAAUCGACUCCCU